CUCUAUUUCCGUUUUUGUUUUUCUUAGAAUAUAUCAUUUUGCUUUAGUUGCUUCAUGGUGUUUGUAUAAAUCUGUGUGAUACACAUGGUUUAGAUAUCGGGUCUACCAUUUUUUUUUUCAUUAUCAAGCGUAAUGUUUGAAGUGAAAGCGCACACUUUUGGUGCAGAGGAAAUGGUUUUGGGAUUUCCUUCUCUUUUUUUCUUCUUUGAUGAAUUUGGUUUUGGAAUCUGGACGAUAUGGCGGCUGAGGUUGUGGGAUUUGGGAAUAAAACAAUAUGAUGGUGAAUCUCGCUUAGAGAUAUUGUUCCUUGGAUUUUCUGGGGUAAGAGAUGGUUGCAGAGUCGUGGUUUCGCAGUCUGUGGAAGACUCCACGAAAUCAUGAGGCCCGUCCUGGGAAAGUGGUGAUUGGAGUGUUAGCAUUCGAAGUUGCAAGCUUGAUGUCUAAGCUGAUUCAUCUAUGGCAGUCUUUAAGUGACUCCCAAGUUGCUAGGUUGAGAGAAGAGAUCACAAACUCAGUGGGCAUAAAGAAGCUUGUCUCAGAUGAUGAGGAUUUCAUUGGUGAUUUGAUAUGUGCAGAGAUGUCUGAGAAUAUGGUACAUGCGGCAAAAUCUGUGGCCAGGCUUGGCAAGAAGUGCAGUGAUCCUAGUUUGAAGAGUUUUGAGAAUGCAUUUGGCGAGUUGAUCAAAAUUGGUACUGACCCAUACGGGUGGGGAUUUUCAUGGAGGAAGAUGGAAAAGAAAGUCAAGAAGAUGGAAAGAUUCAUUGCCGCCAACGCAAACUUGUAUCAGGAGAUGGAAAUACUUGCUGAUCUAGAACAGACUCUAAGGAGAAUAAAGGGUAAUGAUGACUCAGGCGGUGUAAAUUUGCUUGAAUAUCAGAAAAAGGUUGCAUUUAAGCGGCAGGAGGUGAAGAAUUUACAACAGAUCUCUCUGUGGAUCAGGAGUUAUGAUUACACAGUUCGUCUCUUGGCAGGAUCUCUGUUGGCAAUAUUCAGUAGGAUGAAACAUGUCUUUGGAAUUCAACAGAUGGUUGAUGCUGAUCUCAGGGAUUCAAGAGAUAUGAGCUCUGAUUAUAUCCCUCACAACCAGUCGGUUUCUGCUCUGUUGCAAUCUUCGGUUCAUCCAUCUGAGAAUGGUCUUGGUAAAUUUGCUUCAGGUCCCCUUGGGGGUUUUAUUGCUAAAUCAGGACCAAUCUUUAGAAAAAGUAAACGUAACAAUUUCUAUUCGGGUCCUAUCGGUGGACCAACCAUGAAGUCGGGUCCUAUUUCAGCAAAGAAUAAAAAUGUCAACUUCUUUUCAGGCCCUCUUGCAAGGGGAAUGCCAAAAUCAGGUCCAAUUUCUGUAUCAGAUGAAAUAAAGCAUAAGUGGUGGCAGGGCCAUGGCCGGUCACCUGGGGUUCAUGGGAAAAAAAAGCCUGACCGGCUAACUCAUGUUGGACCUUUUAAAGGAUGCAUGAUGGCUGGAAGUAAUUCUCACGUCGAUUGUUACUUAAGUCCGAUAGCUGUUCGUUCCAGGAAUCUCAAUGGAGCCAAUGGUUUUAAUGCAGACCUUCUUGCUUCUGGAAAGGCUGAUCAUUCUAAUAUGUCAAUCUUCGAAUCCAGGCGCAAGUUGUUGGAUGCUCCACCUGAAACACUUGGUGCUGCUGCUUUAGCACUGCACUAUGCAAAUGUCAUUAUCAUAAUCGAGAAACUAGCAGCAUCUCCUCACUUGAUUGGUCUUGAUGCAAGAGAUGAUUUAUACAAUAUGUUACCCACGAGUGUGAGAACUACCCUUAGGGCAAAGCUGAAACCAUACACCAAGAACUUGGCUUCAUCUGUUUAUGAUACGGUUCUGGCAGAGGAGUGGAGCGAGGCAAUGACAGGGAUAUUGGAAUGGUUGGCACCACUUGCUCAUAACAUGAUAAGAUGGCAGUCCGAGAGGAGUUUUGAACAGCAGAGCUUGAUCUCCAGGACGAACGUUCUUCUGGUACAAACUCUUUACUUCGCAAAUCAAGAGAAGACGGAAGCAACAAUCAUCGAGCUUCUUGUUGGGUUGAAUUACGUUUGGAGAUUUGGUAGAGAACUCAAUGCAAAAGCUUUAAUGGGGUGUGCUAGCAGUAGAAUGUAUGAUGAAUAUUUGGAUCUGGACAAGUGACAUCAAUUUCAGCUCAUAGCAAUUUCCAACUGAAACUGAAGUCCUUGCAACAGACUGGCCUCGAGGAGUUAUACAUUGUUCGACGGUCGGAACUGACUCGCUGGUACAGUAGGCUUCUCAAUUCAACUUGAAGAACAUCGAUCGCAUUUUGUGUGAGAGAGAGCCCCACCUACUCCAUACAUAUAUCAAUGCUGAAAUUCUUCGGAGUCAAUGGUGUUGUUCGAGCAUGUAAACAUUCUUUCUUUCGGUGAGAAGUUCUUGUCGCCAAAAAAGAUGGCUCCCUCUUUUCUCUUCCUCGUAAAUUAUACUAUGUUAUUUUUUUUUUUUUAUAAGAAGUAUACCAUGUUAUUGGACCUUAAGCCUGAAAGGUGUACUUAUUCGCACUACCUGUUUGUCGUAAUCGUGUCGGUACAUAUAAAAGGCUGUUCUUACAUAAUGAUAUUUUAUCUUUUUAAGUGGCGAUCUGUAUUGAUGGUGA